AUGUAUGUUUCUUUAAUAAAAGGUCAGGAGUUAGCAAAAUAUUCAUCGUCUUCAAUAACUAUGCCAUCAGAAAUUGAUUGGAAUCAAUUAGAAAUCGUCUGCCUUUUGCUGAAAGAUGGAACAUUCUCUGAUUUUCUACCAUCAGAGAUUUUUCUAAAACCAUACAGUGAUCCUCUAAGAUGCAUUUCGUACAUAACAACUACCGAAUGUCGACAGAUUUAUUUAAUCGUAUCCGAUACAGUUGAUGAAACUGUUUUAAAAAUAUUGCAUAAACUCAGACAAAUUGUAGCCAUUUAUUUACUUCGAAGCCAAAUAAAACAAAUUGAGCUAGCAAAAUAUUAUGCUAAGUUAUCGGGAAUAUUUGAUGAUAAAAAAGAACUUUGUAUAAAGUUAUUAAACGAUAUUCAUACACUUUCAAUAUAUUCAGCAACAACAACAUUGGCAAGCAGACAUCCACCAGGGCCACUAGAAUACUCUACAACACUAUUAUUCAUCAAGUCCAAAAGUUUUGAGCAAUUACCAUUAGAUAAGUUAAAUAACGAACAAGCUAAAUUCAUUUGGUUUCAAUUUUUAAUACGAGCAAUAGUCCAUUUACCUGAACAAACGAAUAAUAACUAUGAAAAACUGUUAGCCACAUGUCGAACACAAUUUGAAAGUGAUACACAAGAACUUAAUACUAUUAAUACCAUUCAAAAUUAUUAUACAUCGCGCAAAGCCAUAUGGUGGUAUACACAUAAAUAUACGUUUCUCCGUCAUACGUUAAAUGAUGCACUUUGUUCAUAUAAUUUCGAUAUCAUAUUUCAAUUUCGAUACUAUAUUCGUGAUCUUUACAAACAACUGAUUGAAUUACGUUCGUUGUCUAUUGCUACCUCCCUUUUACGUACAGUUUUCCAUAGUCAAACAAUGAAUAAGCACGAAUUAGAACAUUUGAACGAUCAUAUCGGUGAACUAUUGUCUGUGAAUAUCUUUAUGUAUGCGACUAUUUCAAGAGAAAUUGCUUUAUCAUAUGUUACGAACAGUAACGACGGUAAUAAUUCAUCGAUGGAAACUGUUUUAUUUGAAAUUGAACUUGAUGAAACUGUUGAAUCAUUUGUUAAUAUUCAAAAUGUCAGUUUCUUAGAACAAGAUGGCGAAUACUUAUUUUUAAUUGGUACAAUAUUUCAAUUGGAAUCUUGUAGAAUGUUACCUAGUACGAUAUGGCAUAUUAAAUUAAAAUUGACCAAUAGAGAAGAAGACGAAGCAAAACAAUUAAUUAAUCAUUUUGAAAAUCUAUUCGAUGAAAAAUUUACAGUUUUCACACUGGGUAUGUUUUGGUUGGAAACAAGUUUAAUCGAAAAAUAUGACAAUGCAUUAAAUUAUUAUAAUAUGCUGUUGAACGAAUAUACAACUGAUAAUGCUAAAAUAAGUAUUUAUACCAACAUAGCUCUUAUUUAUGACCGAAAAGGCGAUAAGGAUAAGAUAAAUACCAGAAAUUAUUAUGAAGAAGCAUUAGCAUUAGCCAAAGAUCAUGAGUCACUAUCACCUGAACCAGAUACACAAACUGAAAUACUUGAAGUUAUAUUAAAACGACCAGUAUUAAACAGUACUUCUCUGUCGAUAUACUAUUACAAUUUGGGCUGUAUAAUGUUUGAAAAAAAGAACUUUGAAAAUGCAUUAGAAAAUUUUGAAAAAGCAAACAAACAGUUUUCCGUAGAGAAGUUAGAUCCCAUCGUCCAAGCAGAUAUUCUGAAUAAUAUUGGUUGCGUUUACUUUCGACGAAAUGAAUAUGAAAUAUCAAUGCGUUAUUUCGAACAAGCGUUUGACAUUGGGUUAAAGAUACCAGAAGAGAACCGUUCAGCAGUUAUUACCGAUUAUCUCAGUAACAUGUCAGCAGCAACCAUAAAACAAUAG